GUCGUUUUAAAUCCUCCCAUGACCUGCUGUGAGAAAGUGAGCAUGCGACCCCAUGCUACCGAUAGUGAUCUCAGAUAAGCAGCCUUGGUGAAGUCAAUAGCUUAUCUCUGAGCUGAAUGUGUAUACUGUAAUAUUGAGACAGCCUCAGACCUAUUACCUAUUCCACAAAGACCAACUGAAUUAAUCGCCAAUCACUUCUUUUGUUCAGAAGGUCUUUCUAAAGGAGAGAAAUUAAACAAUGAACGGGCUGAUUCUCGUAAUCGUUGCCAUGGCAACACUCUGUUUUCGAGCUGGAGCUUUCGGUAAGUGAAGUGUUAAAAUAAUUAGGGAAAAAAAAAAGAAAUUAAAACUUACCUGAUUUAGCAGAUGACGUGACACUAAAUCCCACAGGUCUAUUAUUCUAUUAAGAUGUUUCAAAGAGCUAAUAUUGAAAGAUGUUACGUUUCAAAUAAAUGGGGGAAAUUGAAAAUAAACAAAAUGCUCACGAAAGAAAAAUAGUACAACUUUACUCAAGAAUAUUAUCGCAUGAUUUUGUUAUGAAACAUUUUGUUUUUUAAUUCCCUGUUUACGAUGUCCUAAAUUACUCAUUGUCAUACUUGGUGUAGACUGCAAAGAGGGAGAUGGAGGGAGAGAGAGAGAGAGAGAAAGAGAGAGAGAGAGCGAAAGAGAGCAAGAGAGAGAGAGAGAGAUAGAGAGGUUGGUAAAAAUGUUAUUGGCUUUAACUAUUGAAAUAAUUGAUUAAAAUUAACUUUAAAAAUUAUUCUUUUUUCGAUCCUUGUUAUAAAUUAUUGAUGAGGACUCGAAUUAUUCGAUUAACCGGCCCUUACUAAUGUUCAGUGCAUUGAUACUAUAUCGAUCAUAUUCUGUAACUUUUUCAAUUUUAAUUAAAUUUUAAACUAUUUCUCAAAAGUCUUAAAAAAAAUAUGUGAAAUGGUCUCGAGUAUCAAUUUCGUUUAAGGCUUAUAAUAUUAAGUGCAUAAAUUGAUUCUAUUCAAAAGGUUCGGUUUUGAAGUUUGAAACCAACCCAACGGUGAUUCACCAGAUAUUGACCAAACAACUGCAGCUGAGGUGUUCUGUCUCUGAGAACAUCUUGUGGCCACACAAUAGACAAGCUAUGACCUCUUCAACAGAUUACUAUUAUGACUGGACAACAGCGAUCCGAUCACAACCAGCGACAACAACGACAUUGGUAUCAGCCAUACCAACGCAAGCAUCUCCAACUGAACUUCCUAAUCUACAGCCGUAUAGUCUAUCCGACCGUGCGGACGUCUUCCACGUGACGUCCAUCAUUGUCAGCAAGGUUAUCUCGGGACGGAAGGAGACCGUCGCCAGUGUGACGCCGUUUGACGGCGCCGUGGCCGAGGGCUUCUACGUGGGGCGCGUCAAAGUUGAAGGUAGCGGCGCACCGUCGACAGUCUCCGGGGAACAGGCCUACCUACAGCUCACCUGGGACAGCCCUGUCGCGGAGCAGGCCGGGCUCUACACGUGCGAGCUGUUCGCCCUCAACCAGGAGAAGCAUUCCGUCUACCUGAGCACGUCCAUCCGAGUGGACGCCACCGAGCCCAACAUCUCCGACCUGGUCAAGUACAUCAUCGUGCACGACAACACCAUCGCGGACCUGCAGCGGGAGAAUCGGGAGCUGAGGUCAGAGGUCAUGGACCUCAGGGUCAACCUGUCCAUGUACACGUACUACGAGAUGAUGAGCCUCAAGCACCAGGUGGAGCUGCUUACCUUAAACGUGAGCCUGCACGACCUGGAGCUCAACAUGAUACUGGACGGGCUGGCCGCUCACGAGAACACUACGGCCCCAAACACAACCGUCGCACUCAAAACCACACCAGUGGCGUCCUAGUGGCAUGUAGUGUAGGAUACCUAGGUACAGCAGAAGUCAACAAGCUACGAAGCAAAUCUUAACACACGACUUUUACAAUUAACCCUCCGACUCACCUCACCCCUUUAACCCUCAUGCAAACAAAAGAAAAAACAACAACAAAUAAACAAAAGUUUGAUAGGUAACUUAAGAGGGAAAUUUUGCCAAAUGGAAAUUUAACUUGCGAGGGAAAUUCUGAAUUUCAGGUUGAGCUCCCCUUAAUAUUAAAACGUUAUUAUUUUUUUUAAUGGAUUACAAAUAUAUAAUGAACAUUUAUUUAUUUAUUUAUUUAGGCAUUUUUAUAUAGCGCUUACCUUAAAGCUCUAAGCGCUUUACAAUUAUUAAAAACAUGUAAACUAACUAAAAUUAAAAAUAAAAUAAUGCAAAUAAUGAAAAAAACAACUCAGAAGUCAAUUAAAAAAACAGUUGUCUUGCAGAUUUCAUUGACUUUUUUUUCGUUGUACUUGUUGAAAUAAUGAUAUAAAAUAUUUUAAAUUUUCAUUA